AGAACCCACAUGUGCUGAAGCGCACUUGUCCAGCACCUUGGUGGUGGGAGUGCACCUUUCUGUUAUAAAAUCUGAUGGGAAAGAGAACCAGAGCAGGACAUCUAUCAAGAAGAAACCUUCUGCACUGCAAUGGAUAGCAAAUCUCUUGCCACUGCUUUGGUUCUCUGCCUGGUCUUACUGGUGGGGUCAGAAGGUAAAACUUCAGUGAAGACAAAGGAAAAAGGCUUCCAGUGCCUGUGCAUAAACACUCAUUCCAAGUUCAUCCCUCCCAAGGCUAUCCAGAGUGUGAGACUAAGCCAAAGAGGACCUCACUGCAAAAAUGUUGAGAUCAUAGCUAUGCUGAAAGAUGGCAGACAAAUAUGUUUGGAACCCACUGCACCCUGGGUCCAGCUCACUGUAAAGGCUAUUUUAGGCAGGACCAGAGAAAAUAUUGGGUCACCAAACAAAGAAAAGUCAAGGAAAAGGAGACUUUGGAGUUUUUCAAGGACAUGAAAUAAGAGGAAAAACUUGCUGAUGAGAAUGUCAAGGAACAGACUCCCCUUCUGCUACAUUAGCACAUUUGUUUUUCUUUUUUUCCCUGAGAAGGUUGCAGUUUCUACUUAUUUUCUUUGCUGUGUCUAUCUCUAAAGCUCUACCUGUGAUGGAUCAAGGAGUUCAAGCUUAAUUAAUGGGUUUCAGUGCUGUAAAGACAAGGAUAAACAAGAAUAAAUUAGUUACCCCAAAAUGGCCUUACUUACAGUAGAAAUAGAAAGGAUACAAUUAGUUAAGCACAUGAAUAAAAAUAUAAUAAGGAAAAA